AUGGCGGAUCUGCCCCUAGACCGAGUACGCCAGGCCAAGCCCUUUUCAAUCACUGGGAUCGACUAUGCUGGGCCAUUCCCAGUUUAUAAUCGUCGUUCACGCGGAGCAACUCCGUUCAAGGCCUAUGUGGGCCUUUUUGUCUGUUUCGCCGCAAAAGCAGUUCACCUAGAACUCGCGUUUUCUCUAUCUACCGAAUCGUUUCUGUCAGCUCUGAGACGCUUCAUCGCUAGGCGCGGCUGCUGCUCGUGGAUAUACAGCGACUGCGGCACCAAUUUUGUUGGAGCUCACCGAGAGUUCGUUCACUGCAUGCAGGCCGUCUCAGAGAGAGAAAGAAUUCAGUGGACGUUUAAUGCCCCCUCGGCGCCACAUUUCGGUGGUUUCUGGGAAGCGAGGGUCAAGUCCAUGAAGACUCACUUGAAACGCGUCGUAGGAGCGCAGAUCCUCACCGUGGAGGAGUUUGGCACAUUCAUAACACAAGUCGAAGCCAUCCUGAAUUUUAGGCCCCUAUGCCCCACUAGCUCCGAUCCUAACGACCUCGGGGUGCUCUCCCCGGGGCACUUCCUCACUUUGGAACCCCUCGUAGCCGUCCCAUAUCCGAAUCUACAACCGGUGCCAAUAGGUAGGCUCGAUCGAUGGCAACUGGUGCAGCACAUGCACCAACAGUUCUGA